AUGGGCAAAGGGAAGCAGCAACAAUCGACAGGCAGCAAAGACAAAGAAGACGGCGAUGAAUUGGCAGGUUCCACCUUGGAAGAUUACUUUGCCACACACAAAGUCAGUGGCCUUGUAUCGCAGCAUUUGCUCAACAUUCCAUCGCAGAACAACGUCAUGGCAACUGAAAAGGGCGAUGAAGACAAAGGAUCCGAGCGAAAAAGCGAGCAAGAGAACUACGAGGACGACUACGAGUCCGAGCCAUCCAGUCCAAAGGCAGAACCUCCGUCUGACGUGGCUGGAAUGUCUCUUAGUGACUAUCUCCACGUCAAAGACGACGACAGUGCACAAGCGCAAGAGAAAUUGUCCAGAGCAGAAUCUCUGCGAGUGUUGGCGCCUCAACUCGCCGCAUCCGCCAAGAAACCCGCUCCGAUAUCCGAUGUCAGUGGCAUGUCACUGGAUCAUUAUCUAGGUGCUUCACACUCGGAGGAAAAUGGCUACACUGGGGCUGAGAAGAAGCCAUCUCCGAAGGUCAAGCGGGCAGGUAGCAAGUCCAAACAGAUUCUGCCCCAAGCCAAAGCCACUCAGCAGCCAUUUUCAGUCAAAGGCAGUGGUAUCAUCCACACCAACUCCAGCACGCAGAAUUUGAGCUCUGACGACGAGGAAACGCCCUUCCAGCGGCGUCAGAGGAGGAAAGAUAAAGCCAAACUCAAGCAGCAGCGGAAUGCUGGAGGUGGGUCCAGUGUCUCGAAAGCGAUCUUGAUGGCUGAAGCGCCAACAAUUCAGUCCGUUAGAGACCGAGAGAAGCGGAAAGGCUCGUUGAACGUACACCAUCCCGGCCAUCACGGCUCACACUCGUCUGCGUCUAAUUUCCAGCCUCCAUUACCCAAGUUGGGUGUUUCUCCAUCCGUGCAUAGUCUGAGUCAUAAAGAUCAUGACGACAAACCGGAGAAACUGCCUCCUUUAUAA